UCUAUAAUUUUUGCUUACUGCUUGGCUUCAUUGAGCUGGCAUUGGUGGUAGAGCGGGUGAUUUUCUCGCGACUAUUUAAAAUGUGGAAUUUUACUUUUCUCUGUCGGUCGGCGGUGCUUUUAUUAGUAUUGAUUCCCAGUUUGGCUGAUCUGCAACCUUUAGAUUUUAUGUCAGAUGACCUUGAUGCUUUUAAAAAAAUUGCGAAAGAAGAUCUGCGAAGUAUCAGUAAGAUUUCAGAAGGCGCUGAUGCUAUAGGAACUACCGCGACACAAUUUGUCGACAAAGUUAAGGAGAAAGCUUUACCUAAUCAAAACGAUGAUUAUUUCGGAAAUAUUUUUCCAAAUGGCCUUGAUGCUCUUGGCCUUGAUGCUCUUAAAAAAAAUGCGAAAGAUCCGCAAUCUUUAAAUUUUAUGUCAGAUGACCUUGAUGCUUUUAAAAAAAAUGCGAAAGAAGAUCUGCAAAGUAUCAGUAAGAUUUCCGAAGGCGCUGAUGCUAUAGGAACUACCGCGACACAAUUUGUCGGCAAAGUUAAGGAGAAAGCUUUACCUAAUCAAAACGAUGAUUAUUUCGGAAGUUCGUUAGCAAUUACCUUAGUAUUUAUACUUAGUAGUAUAUUCUGCUAACGUAUAAGUUAAUUUCUUUUAUUUAUUUUAUAAUCUUACUGUUAAUAUUAAAUUUAU